UAGAGGGCGCUGUUCAUGAUCCGAAUUUGGUUUUCCCGCCAUUCUGUGACCCCAUCAGUAAAAACAUCAUGGCGCACAUAUGACGAUAUUUUCGAUGAUCCAAACAUUCUGACUCGCUCUCCUGCCUACCGAGCCAACGAUCACGUAUUUUCUCGCCAAGGAUGGACAAGACUGGUCUGGCCCGACACAAGGGAAGCCCCAAUAAGGACAGUCCUGGCAAAAACACUCCCCGUAAGAUGAUCCAGCCAGCCUCGUCUUCCAUCCCCUCAUCACCAACAAGGAUGAAGGCAUCGCCACAUGGGACCCCAAACAAGUCCCCACCCGAGACCCCCACCAGAAUGAAGGCCUCCCCCUCCAGAGUCAAGGCUUCCCCGUCGUACUCAGACAAGAAGAGACACUCCACCCCCCAGAUCACCCCCAAGAGGGAGAAGGUUCCCUACAACGUGACUCCCAACUGCAGCAGCGGGCUGGAGAUGUCUCCUCGCAAGGACUACGUGGUGGGGCAGGACGUGCUGGCCAGGUGGACGGACGGACUCUUCUACCUGGGGACGGUCAAGAAGGUUGAUGAGAAGUUGGGUCGAUGUUACAUCCUGUUUGAGGACCAGUCUUCCUUUUGGGUCAUGUUCAAGGACAUGAUGGGGAGUCCCAACUACAACACAGAGUUGACCUGUACCCUGUGCAGUGAUGGCACCUCAGAGGAGCCCAACCAGAUAGUCAUCUGUGACAGAUGUGGUCAAGGUUACCAUCAGCUGUGUCACCAGCCCCCCAUCCUGGACAGUGUGUUAGAGCCAGAGGUGCAGUGGUUAUGCAGACAGUGCAUCUUUGCCAACUCUGUUAAGAGAGGAGGUGCUCUGAAGAAAGGUCCAAAUGCUAAAGCACUUCAACAGAUGAAAUUGGCGCUUCCAUAUGAAACAGUCCCAGGCUGCCAUGCCCUGUCCCCCAUUAACCUGUACACAGCUCUGUUGUCCCAGAUGAACAUGACAUCACAGUUGACUUCCCUGUCGUGGGAUUCCGCCCAUCGGACAAACAAGCAGGAGUGUUACUGCUACUGCGGAGGUCCAGGAGACUGGUACCUGAAGAUGUUACAGUGCUCCAGAUGCAGACAGUGGUUCCAUGAAGCAUGUGUCCAGUGCCUGGAGAAGCCCAUGCUGUAUGGAGACAGGUUCUACCUCUUUGUGUGCUCUGUGUGUAAUGCUGGGCCAGAGUACCUGCAGCGCAUGGAGAUGAAAUGGGUUGACCUGGCCCAGCUGGUCCUGUACAACUUGAGUCUCACCAACAAGAAGAAGUACCAGGACUUUGACAACGAGAUCAUGCCUUUCAUCAACAACAACUGGGACAACCUCCAGCUGGUUAGGCUGGAAGCGUUCACCCGAGGAGAGAGGCAAGAAAAGGUCUUGGAUGCACUGAGAGCAUCAAAAACAAGGUUUGCCUGCGGCAAGGAAGUCAAAAAGAGGAAGUCCAUAUUUGGCUUGCGAAUUCGCACACCUCCCGUCCCCCCCACCAUCAUUCUUCCGUUGGACGGGCCAAUCAACGAGGUGACAAUGAAUGACCUUGAGAUGAAGGGUCGCAAGGUCAAAACUUUUGUCCCAGCACAAAGGCUGUCAGAAUCCCCCGUACCCCUGAACAGAAAACGGUCCCUAGACUUGGAUGACUCUGACAUGGACACCAAGGCCAAGAGAGCGCGCAAACUCCUGGAGGCAGCUAAGACAACUCUGCGUGUGAAGAGCCCGAAGAGUGCGAACCAGUCGUACACAGGUUACGGCGGCAGGCUGUACGGGGAUAACGGUCUCCCCUCCACCUCCAGUCUGCUGGACAGCAUCCCUCACUGUGACGAGGCAACCUUCGACAAUCUCAGCUCAAACAGGAGUGUUGGCUCCAGCAGUGCACCGUCCGUGUCCGAGUCCACAGUAAGUUCCUGCUCCAGCAUCCCUCCCUCAGCCGGCAGCAGCUACCUGGUGGCCAGCCGACACCACCCCUCCACCUCCCCCUCCAACAGGAGGUCCCUCUCUCCGAAGGGCAAGAAGCCAAACAAGCGCGGUCGCCCCAAGAAGAACGUGGAAAAGAAGUUUAAGAGCACGGGUAGGAAGCGGGGAAGGCCGUCCAAGAAGGAGCUUUACGUAGAGACGUCAAGCGAGAGUGAGGACGAAAGCAUUGUCGAACCUGAGGUGAUCAAGAGUAUGAAAGAUACAGCGAUUUCUAUGGAGCACCUCCGGGCUUCGGUGAACUCGUAUUUUGGGGCGGAAGGAAGGUUGGCAUGCGGGGAGAAGUACACUGUGUUGGCGAGAAGGGUAACACCGGACGGAAAGGUGCAGUACUUGGUACAGUGGGAGGGGUUCACGCCAGAUGGUAGGACUUAGUAACUGAAAUGUAAUCUCCAAGCAGAUCCUACAAUGGCAUAAGAUAGUACCAAACUAGCCAAGGAGUGUAGUCAGCUAAAAAGUGUCCAUUUGCCAUGUAGGUAGCGAAACACACUCCUAAGCUGGCUUCACUCCUCUGCCAGCUUUUGAGACUAUCUUAUGCUACCGUAGGAUCUGCUUGGAGAUUAACUGAAAUGUGAUGUAGACAAUAAGAUAUAAUUAAUAUGUGUAAAUCCACCCCUAAAUAUGUACACAAAUGUAUGUACAUGAAGCCCAGACUCGAUUGUUUAGUGGCUCAAAACUUAGAAAAUUGAAGACCAAAUUGCUCAGCCAAGGUGCUAGCAGGGUAACAAUCAGUAGGAGCAGAGAAAUGUUUAACAUGUCUAGUAUCUACCAUACAAAUUGCAGGUCCUAAGACCCAGAUCAUAGUAAUCUACAAGCAGAUCCUAUGGUAGCAUAAUGGUAAGUAUCAAAAGCUGCCAGAGGUGUGAAGCCGGCCUAGGAGUGUGUUACGCUACCAAAUGUACACCUCUUGGCUGACAACACUCUUUGGCCAGUUAAGUACUAUCUUAUGCCAUUGUAGGAUCUGCUAACUAAAGAGAUUAGUUCAUAGCAGGUUUUGCAAAUCUGGAGGCACUGAAUUAAUCCUGUAAUCACAAUCACAUUCAUGUCUCUUAUUUUAAGGUAGCCUAUCAUUUUAGAUAGCCAUUGUAUAACAUUGUCCAUACUUGUUAAAAAAAAGUAUCAAAUAUUGAAAAUUCACUAGUUGGAGCAACUGAAAUUAUCUUGCUUAUUGUUGCCAUUAUAUGCUUCCAGUAAUGUUUUACAAGAAUGAAAGAAUUCUCUAUGUCAUUAGAUUGUGCUGGAAGGUUUAGGAAGGCCAGUACCUUUUUCAUCCCGUAAUGUCGGUAUUUUCAAAAAUAGUUUCAUCAGGUUGGUAGAAUAUAGGAAAAUUCUUUUUACACAACCAGCAGGUACUUACAUAGCUUACGAUUCAAUGUCUCUCAGACACCAGCAAUUUGUUUUCUCACCGCAAAAGCGCUGCCUACAUAGCGGUGAGAAGCUGAACUCCAGUUAGAAGCUCUGACGAAGGUGUCUGAGAGACAUCGAAACGUAAGCUAUGUAAGUACAAUGUACCUGCUAGUUGUGUAAAAAGAAUUCUCCUAUAUCCAAUGUCGGUAUUAAUUGUAAGAGUUUUGUGAAGAAAUUUAUCUUGUAAAAUCUAGACAUCCUGUACAAUUGUAGUAGACAUAAUGUACAAUCAUGAAAGCUAUCAGUAAUAAAUGAUAGGGUUUGUAUAGAUACUUUCUUUAGUAUUUGUAAGAGAAGUCAGUUAUAGAUUAUUAGCUUUUAUAAGAAUUAUGUGUACCCAGAAAAGUUAAUUUGUCAUUUUCAAUCCCUCUAUGUGUAGAUUUCCUAUUAAUGUACAUGUAUUUGGUGCUCAUUAUUGAGGCAUUUGUAGCUACAUUGUAUUAGAGAAAGAUAUGUCUUCUAUUGAAUGUAAGGUAAUAUUGAUUAUAGAAGAAAAUACUUCUCUGGCAACUUAAGAGAGUUUCACCGUAUUUCUCUUAACUCUUCAAGUUGUUUUCUCUAAAGUGGACUCAUCAUCAUCAUCAUCACCCCAUAGCAUUUUAAUCAGCCAUGGACUGGGUGGAUCCAAAAGCACAAUUUUUAAUGACAGACAACAGAAUACAGAAAUGGGACUGUUCUUGUUACUCUUUGUUUCGAAACUGCAGUUUUUCAGCUCAAAACAAAAGUUGUUGUAUGAAAGGUGAUACCAGCAAAGGAGACAGUUACAAAACUUUAAGACAACAACCCACACUAUAGUCCAGCCAUAAGUAGUCAUACAUUGGUUUAAACAAGGUCCUUCGUUUAGAUUCAUAGAUACAUACUUUUAGCAAGAAGUUGAAGAACAUACUAUUAGAAUUCUAUGAUCUCUUACUCAGAAUUGUGCCAUAACAAAUUAAAUAUGUGGAAUUUGUAUCUCUUUACCUGUUUAGUUAAGGUUUUGUAUUAAACUUUGAAUUGUUGAUUAGA